AUGAACAAGCACCAGAAGAAUCCUCUGAGCAGAGCUGCUAAAAGGCAAUGUGGAGGUACUGUUGGUGCAAUUCUGACAUGUCCACUGGAAGUUGUGAAAACACGAUUGCAGUCCUCCUCUGUGACUCUCUACAUUUCCGAAGUCCAUCUCAACACUGUGAAUGGUGCUAGUGUCAAUCGAGUAACUAGAGUUUCUCCUGGACCUCUCCAUUGUUUGAAGAUGAUCUUGCAAAAGGAAGGUCCUCGUUCUCUGUUCAGAGGGCUGGGUCCUAAUUUAGUAGGCGUUGCUCCUUCCAGAGCCAUAUAUUUUGCUGCUUACUCAAACUGCAAGGAAAAGUUGAACAGUAUUUUCAAUCCAGAUUCUACCCAGGUACACAUGAUUUCAGCUGGUGUGGCAGGUUUUACUGCGAUCACAACAACUAAUCCCAUUUGGCUAGUAAAGACACGAUUACAGCUUGAUGCAAGGAAUCGUGGAGAAAAACGAAUGAGUGCUUUUGAAUGUGUCCGAAAAGUUUAUCGAUCGGAUGGUAUUAAAGGCUUUUACAGAGGAAUGUCGGCAUCCUACGCAGGCAUAUCUGAGACUGUUAUUCAUUUUGUUAUUUAUGAGAGUAUUAAGAGAAAACUACUGGAGUAUAAGACUGCUUCUGCCAUGGACAAUGAGGAUGAAUCGGCAAAAGAAGCUUCGGACUUUGUUGGAAUGAUGAUGGCUGCUGCCACUUCCAAAACUUGUGCAACAUCAAUAGCGUAUCCCCAUGAGGUUGUACGAACAAGACUAAGAGAAGAGGGAACAAAAUACAGAGCUUUCUUCCAGACACUAUCUUUGCUUGUGCGAGAAGAAGGGUAUGGAUCCCUCUACCGAGGUUUAACUACACAUCUGAUCAGACAGAUUCCAAACACGGCUAUCAUGAUGUCAACCUAUGAAGUGGUAGUCUACUUGCUUGAUGGAUAGCAGUGUGACAAGGCUUCCUAGAAGAAGGUGGAAGAUGGAAAGACUGGAGUGGACCACUGAAUGUCAAUGCCAAUGUGGUGGGCAAAAGGAAAGUUAUAUCAGGAACACGCAGCUAUGGACAAAACAGAAGGUUGAUUGUGGGCAACUGAAUAAUUUUGCUGCCUUAUUGUAUGGUCUCUUGGCAAUGUGACAAAUGGGAACUGCCCCUUAGGAAAUGCCUUUAUACAUCUCUUAAUUCAAAAUUGUUACUUUCUUUUCAUCUGUUAGUCUAGACAAGGCCAUCCAGUCAUCUUCAGAGACCUGAUGGGUGAGGGAGGGG